UCGGAUUUUAGUGCAGUCCACUCCUCGCCACAUAGCCGGUGCAGGCCUCUCCGUUGGUGGACCCGCGCGGCUUUAUCGCUACGCGCGCCAACGCCUUCUUUCCUUAAAGACUGACCUGCUAUAAGAAUCUCAACUGCUGCACUGCCGUCCGGUUCUCUCGUCGCAAGUCUCCAUCGUUUUUCUUCCUUCUUCUCCUCAGCUUCCCCAGCAACACAAGGGAUGGAGCAACAUGAUCUCUGCGAUGACCCGGACUACGCCGCCUCCCAGCGUCAGGAUUCGUUUAGCAAUUUGAACCGCGAUUCCAAUCAGACGAGCGACACCAAUGAAUUGGAGCUGGUCUAUUCGAAAGAGAAUGUCGCGAUUCACCCGAGCCAAAACGCUUCGGAGCGGAUUAUCGGACGUUUGCGAAUUCUUAAGCAGAGCUCUUCGUUGUUCUUGACGUGGAUUCCAUAUAAAACUGCGUCUAAUUUUCUUGGCACUGCGGGGCAUAAUUUAAGCUCAAGUGCAUCAGAGAAUGAUACGAACCUGUACACAAUCAAAUCAGUGCCGUUGGCUAAUAUCCAUUCCAUAAAAAGGCAUAUCCCAACAAUUGGAUGGCAGUAUAUAAUUGUAAUCCUUUCAUCAGGGCUUGCAUUCCCUCCACUGUACUUCUAUAAUGGAGGAGUUCGUGAAUUUCUUGCAGUAUUGAAGCGGCAUGUAUUUAUUGUGAGGGCUGCAGAUGAUGCAAAUGUCUUUAGACUAAAUGAUUUCCAGGAUUCUCUUCAGAAAAGCCUGUCGUCUCUGGAGCUACCAAGGGUUCUUUCAGCUGCAAAUGGGGCAAGGUUUCACCAUUCACCAAGUACAGCUUCUGCAACUGAUAGCUCUACUAGGGCAAAUGGCAUUGCUUCUGGUGGCAUUUCUGCUCCUAAAUAUAACGGAAAGAAGAAGUCCAUGGUUCAUGAUCCUCCUUAUGAUAUCUCAGUUCAAGUUUUGGAGAAGUUUUCACUUGUUACUAAGUUGGCCCGGGAAGCAACCACACAACUGUUCCGUGAAAUUCAAGACAGUCAUUCACCUCUUCGUGGCAAAAAGCUGCAAAAUAGACGUUUACCUGCUACCACAGUUAGCCAACCCAACCGAAGACCUAAUAAUUCACGACCAAUGGUUGAUGUUAUUGCGGGAACAUCUGUUGAUGCCAAGUUUGAGAGAUCCUUUGUACGAGGAAAGAAAAGGAAUCGACCUUUGACAUGUGAAGAGUGGAGAACAUUCCUAGACCGUGAGGGACGCAUCAUGGAUUCAAGAGCUUUGAGAAAGAGAAUAUUUUAUGGUGGAAUGGAAAAUGUUCUGCGAAAGGAGGUUUGGAGAUUUUUGUUGGGAUAUUAUGAUUAUGAUUCUACAUUCUCUGAGAGAGAUUUUCUUCAUUCAGUUAAGAAAUCUGAGUACGAAUCAUUGAAGUCCCAAUGGAAGAGUAUUUCAGAGACACAGGCUAGUCGGUUUACUAAGUUUAGAGAGCGGAAGGGCUUAAUUGAAAAGGACGUGGUUAGAACAGAUAGAUCUGUCCCAUAUUAUGAAGGAGACGGAAAUCCCAAUAUUACAAUUCUACGGGACAUACUGCUGACAUAUUCUUUCUAUAACUUUGACCUUGGAUACUGUCAGGGUAUGAGCGAUCUUUUAUCACCGCUAUUAUUUGUUAUAAGGGAUGAAUCCGAUGCAUUCUGGUCUUUUGUUGCUUUAAUGGAGCGCCUGGGCCCAAACUUCAACCGUGACCAGAAUGGAAUGCACACCCAACUCUUUGCGCUUAUGAAGCUUGUGGAGCUUCUGGACCUUCCAUUACACGAACACUUUGGGAAAACUGAUUGUUUAAAUUAUUUUUUCUGUUUCCGCUGGAUUCUUAUACAGUUCAAGAGGGAAUUUAAGUAUGGGGAGAUCAUGCAACUAUGGGAGGUACUUUGGACGCAUUAUCUGUCAGAACACUUCCACCUCUACAUCUGCGUCGCUAUACUUAAACUCCACCGGGAGAAAAUCAUAGGGGAGGGGAUGGACUUCGAUUCUGUUCUGAAGUUCAUUAACGGUCUUAGCGGAAAAAUUGAUCUUGAUGCAGUAAUAAGCUAUGCAGAGGCCUUAUGCAUCAGUGCUGGGGAGCAUGGAGCUGCCUGUAUUCCUCCUGGUACCCCACCUUCCCUACCUUUAGAUUUAAAUGCUCAAUUAUAUUCUCAACAAGAUGACGAAAUUUUGUGAAUAAUCCUUAUAAACUCAUUUACGCACAGAAAUCAAAGCAAUUAUAAGAUUUACACACACACACAGUCCGGUUUGUAAUUUGACCGGACAUCAGCUAAUGAGUUCAAACAUGAGAAAUGAGAUAUUUUCAAAAGAUUGAUGAGUGACACGAUCUGCCUUUUUAUAUAUGGCCCCAAGCUAGCUAAUUUUUGGUUUGAUUCAAUGGGCAAUUAAAUGCAUAGCACUCGAAACAUUGCAAUUUAAAAAUCUAGCACCCUCUUUCAUCCAUUUUUCAAUAUG